CAUCAACAUAGUCAGAAACGAGUCAGUUCCUGCCACGUCUAGAGUCUCUGCAGAUAUGGGAUUGUAAAAGCUUGGUUGAGGUCUUCGACAUCCCUGCAUCUCUCAGGAGAAUGCAAUUUAUUGAUUGCAGUAAGCUUGAGUCCAUAUAUGGUAGGAGGCUGCAGCAGGGAGAGUCAGCAUCCUCGAUUCAUCAAGGGUCAUCUAGUACACUGGAGGUCUGAAAGGCGGACCAAGCAUCCCGAUCGAGAUAAUGCUGACGGCGAUCCGGUUGUACUGCUUGGUGAUCCAGGGCUAAAAUCGUUGGAGCGUCUUGGGCUUUCAUACUGCGAUUUCCAUGUCAUCCCUACCGGAUGUGCCGCAAGCAUACUCAUCUCUCCAACAACUUCGCAUAUUUGCGUGUUCUGGUAUGAAGACACUCCCUACAAGCCUGCAGCAACGUUUGGGCAGCCUCCAGUGGGAAUACAUAGAUGCCCAUUGUUAUGGAAAUAAGCCAAGGCCUUUGCUGCUGAAACUAAAUACGUGGAAAUAUGCCAUCCGUAGAGAUUAGAGAGGUAUGAGCAGAAUCACAAGAAUAUCAGUAUGGAAGUUGUCGUGCAGGUUUGUGAUCUAAAGAUAUGCCUACACUGCUAAAAGCCUUUAAUUGUUCCUCUUUUUUGGAAGAAUAAGCUGGUGGGAUCAUAACAUCUGAUGCUUAUUUGUAUUAGAGAUCACUUGGAGUAGAGCUAUUCUCUUACAAGACGCCCACAGGAAGUUGUUGGCUUGUUGCCAUGUUGAACUGCGAGAUCAGUAGUCAGAAAGCGCUCCUAUAUCAUUCUGUUAUCAGAAAAAGAUCUUGUCUGAAUAAUAAGUACUCGUAUUCCCCGCCUAUGUUUACCUACGGUUAUAUUAUUGUUUUACUUUUAACUAGCAUGGUGACAUUCUGCUCUGGGCACCGUCAGUUUUAUCAAAAUAAUGUAGCAAUUUCCCAGUUUUAUUUCUGGACUUGUAUAGGCAAGCACCACUUUUAUUGGUCAA